AUGAAACAAAGGCCGUAUGCUCUUUUCGUAACUGAAACUUGCAAACCCAAUCAAAUUCAUGAUGCCACGCUCAGCUACAAAAGGCAGUACACCGUUUUUAGUUGUGAUCGACAGGGAAGCAGGCCUGGCGGAGGUGUAUUAGUUGCAAUUCGCAAAGGUAUCCCCCAUAACUGUGUCGCAUCUAAAAACUUUUCUGAAUAUUGUCAAGUUGUUGUAAUUGAGACCGAUAUUGGUCCGCACUCCUUAGUGAUAGCCACGGUUUACAGAAGCCCAUCAUGUAAGUCCGAUGCCUUUCAAGAGCUUAUCGAGUUCUUUUCUGACAUUAUCCUCCAGAGCUCCAGUAAAGUCGUCAUUAUGGGUGAUUUUUACUUCCCACUCAUUGAGUGGUCAUCCCUCACUCAUCGUGGUAAUCUAAGCAACCCUUCUUCGUCCAGCUUUAUACACUUUUGUGCUUCCUUCAACCUUGACAGCACUUCAGAUCAUUGCAGCGUAAGCAUUCUGCUAUCAGACCUUCCACUCUGUCGAUCACACUCAAGCCCUCCCCGUCCCUGCUUUGCGAAGGGUGACUUCGUGAGCAUAGUUCGUGAGCUUACCGAUAUCCACUGGUUGGCGCUCCUUGCCGCUGGUACUGUUAACAAAUCCUAUUCAAGGUUCAUUGCAAUCUGUCACGCUCUAGUCUCUCGAUACGUACCUCCUAUUAAGCCAAAAGCAGAACGCAUACAUAUUCCAAGGAAGAUUCGCCGUUUGAGAGCGAAGUGA